AUGCUAUUUGGAUCGGAGCCGCCGCUCUGCCUGCGCCGCGUGGGCCAUCGCGGUCUCCGCCGCCACGAGGCCGAUGUUCUCCAACACCCGCCGGGUUAUCUUCAUCCCCUCUCACUUCUCCCGCCCACAAAUACAAACACACCGCCUGGCUCUGUUCCACCGCCGUAUGCCCUCUACGCGGCCAGCCCGCUCUGCAUCAGUGAGGCGCACCGCCUGCACCCCACACUCACCACCGCCGCGGAGCUCCAACACGCCCGGCAGGUGGAGGCGCAGCAGCGGCAGCGGUGGACGCAGGCACGACGUCAUCGGCACAAAGACCGCGUCGCUCAGUUAGAGAAGCGAAGAGAGGAGGAAUUUCAGAGGGAACAGCAACGCGGUGCGCAGAUGGCAGGAGUCUCCAUGCGUAAUGAGACCGGGGAUGGGAGAGACACCAUCACACGUGUGUUUAGAUUAGAGGAGGCAAGACGGCGGAGUGAGGAUAGAUCUGCGGUGGAGCAGCAUAGUUAUUUUUUGCGGCAGCAGAAAUUAAUGCAGCGAAGAAACCCGCAUGGGUAUAAUAUUAUCACCGGGGAACCACUGCGCCCUAUAGUAGUCCCACCCCUACCAACAUCAACAACAACAAUAUCACUGCCUCCUGUAAAUAAUGUUUAA